AUGCCCGUCGUCAAUUCCAAAAAAUACUCCUGCGAACCAUGUAUCCGCGGGCAUAGAGCAACAAAAUGUAUGCAUACCAAUCGACUAUUGGUUUUAGUACGCAAGCCAGGUCGUCCCAUGCAGAGUUGUGCACAUGAACUUGAAGGCUGUGUUUGUGGGAGAUUAGGUGGAGCUGGGGAGGAUUGGGGUGUUGAUGGGCCCACAAAUAUGUCGAAGUCAGUUGGUUAUGAUGCGAGAGAAAGUUUCAAUGUUACCGGUACUAUGGGAUCGGAAGAGUCCCGAAAGCAUGUUUCGAGGACGGAGAGCAAAAAAAGGAAGAGAAAAGCCAAGGAAGGUGGAAUAAGCGAUGUCCAGAGAAACAAGGUCAACAAAAGAGCGAAAGGUCCCACAUCAUCAUCUCGGAAAACCUCAUCUCCAUCCCCAAAAUGCCCUGUGCCUGAGCAGCAGGAAGCAACAGAGUACAGCAGCAACAUCAAGCCGGAACUUAUCCUCGACCCAAAACAUCCAAAAAUAUCUAUCACCAGCUCUAUAUCCGUACCCGCUAUAUCGAACUUCCUCCCUCCUAUCAGAACACUGAUUCCCCAAGUCCCAGAUCAUAACCUCGUUGCUCCUCAGACGUCGUACACUGAUCAUUCACCUAGCUGUAUAUUCCAUCAUCAUCAACAACAAAAUGAUAAAUCCAGUUUUCGGAUGCCUCUCUCAAGUCCAUUCUUGCGAUAUUACUGAACAGGAUCUUCAAGCAAUUUUAACUGAACAACAUCGAUUCCUUUCAUGGAUAGUGCCAUGCAAGAAGUAGUAGCGAUGGGAUACGAAACUUAUGUACUGAAGUACAGAGUAUGGAGAGAGUAGAAGUUUUGCAGGAACAAUUUGAAGUUGCUAGAGUGUUAGUCCAUUCGUCGUUAAAAUUGAACUCUUGUCAAGCCCCACGAGAUCACUAGCGAGCUUUCAAGGUUAUCAAUUAUUUUAGUCUUGCAAUCAAAGUCUGCGGUAAAAAUAUCAUUCCAUGGAUUAUGAACACUUGACAAAGUUGAAGUUAUGUUUAUAUUCCGCUAGCCAACUUCUCUAUGAGCACGCUGCUGAGGUUAAAAAAAAAAAAAAAAAAUACUACAUCAUAACGCCCACACGCUUAUACAAGUUCAUUGACAUCCUGAACUGGAGUACCCGGUAAUUCUGAGCUCUCCUGCAUUCUGUUUUUCCAAAUUUCAUCAGCCCUACAAUCCUCACAUACCAUUUUCCGUUCAUUGUUACGAUAAGACCACGGUUCCCUAUCAACUGGACCAGCCAUACACCACCUUUUAUGUACAUAAGAAUUACCUAUAGAGAUAUUCAAAUAGUCCCGCUCUUCUGUCGGGAGUUCGGACUUUCUCAGAAGGGAUGGGAUCUCCAGCUCCAUCUCCCAUCUAGUCGCUUCAGCUUCCCAUAAUCUCUUGAUUUCAUAAUCCAUCUCUUUUUUCCGCAAAUAUUCUCUGUCGACUUCGCAUUCAGCAUCUCUGGCUUGCGUUCUGAGAUUAUCUUUGACAGCCUCGUA